CGCAAAGUACACGUAUCCGCUCGCUGUCAAUUGAUUGAAAAGCAAAACAAUUAUAAACAUCUUGCACUAUUCUCGUAAAGUUUGUUGAAUGCAAUAGUUUAAAUCGCGCAGUGGACCGCUAAUUAGUUAUUGUAUAAAUCAGGCCUGUACAUUCACACAAAAGAGGAAGAUUUUUUUUUGUUGUAAAAAUGCCGGUCUUCCGCUUAUCGUUUUUGUUCUUUAUUCUACUAAGCAUAUUCUUUCUAUCCCAUGCAAUUCCAAAACCGGAUGAUGAUCAAAUAGAUGAUAGUGAUGAUACACUGCACAGUCCGUUGGACCAUGAUUCAGAUGGCGAUAAGCAUUUCGAAGGAGGUCACCACAACAAACAGUACGACCACGAAGCUUUCUUGGGCGAAGAUGAGGCAAAAUCAUUCGAUCAGCUGCCACCGGAAGAGAGUAAACGUCGGUUGGGACUUAUCGUCGAUCGCAUCGAUGAGGAUAAAGAUGGUUUCGUAACACUUUCGGAGCUUAAGCGUUGGAUAGAAUAUACACAACGCCGUUACAUUGAUGAAGAUGUCGGCCGGAUGUGGAAGAUGCAUAAUCCUGAUGGCAAUAAAACUAUCAGUUGGGAGGCAUACCGUGAAAAUGUUUAUGGAUUUUUGGACACAAUGAAUAAAGAGGAAAUCGAAAAUGAUGAACAUAAUAUGUCUUUUAAACGUUUGCAAAAACGUGAUCGCCGUCGUUGGGGUGUCGCUGACCUAGAUUUGGAUGAUCAACUAACACGUGAAGAGUUUACCGCUUUCUUGCACCCGGAAGAUCAUCCAACUAUGAAAGACAUAGUAUUAACCGAAACGAUUGAAGACAUUGAUAGCGAUAAUGAUGGUAAAAUUUCUGUGGAUGAAUACAUUGCGGACAUGUACCGAAAUUCAGAACCAAAUGACGAAGAACCAGAAUGGGUUAAAAGUGAGCGCGAAGGUUUCAGCAAAUUUAGAGAUUUAAAUGGUGAUGGAUUCCUUGAUCGCGAGGAAGUACGUGCUUGGAUAGUGCCGAAAGAUUUCGAUCAUGCCGAAAGUGAAGCCAAGCAUUUAGUAUUCGAAGCGGAUAAUGAUGGCGAUGAGAAACUGACGAAAGAUGAAGUCCUACAAAAAUAUGAUGUAUUCGUUGGCUCACAAGCGACAGAUUUUGGUGAAGCGCUGGCGCGUCAUGAUGAGUUUUAGAUAAAAUAAUUAAAAAAUUACAAUAAUGCCGCAAGAACACAAACUAAAAUGCAUAAAUACUAAUAUGCAGAAUCUCUGUCUGGAAUUGAAAGAA